AUGCCUGCUCCACGCCGGUGGUGUUUUAGUCAAGCAGCGCGCCAGCCUGACGAAGCCCGUCGUGCAAAAAGGCGCUUCUGGAUCCGUCCUGUUGUGGUCCGAUUCGGCGAUAGGCACCCGUUCCCAUUGGCCGCCGUGAGCAUGUCUCACACUCUGCGUGUUCCAGGGGAGGGAUUUGCGACUCCGGUAUUCAAACUCGAUGCGUCAGACCCUGACGUUUCGCAACCCACGGCCGCGGAGGAACACUCUGCGCUCGGUCUAACAGGCCGCGGGGCUCUGCCUAAUCACCAAUGCUAA